AACACGGCAGAAAUCCUGAGCUAGCGGCUCGACAGAAGAGCAGCUUCAGACGUUUGAAUCGCCUCUUUUUUUUCCGCCUUGCAGGUUUUUUGGACCUCUCCAGACAUCAGACCGGACUUCUCCCGUUCACUCUCCUAAGGCAAAAUGGGGAAACAGAACAGCAAGCUGACCCCUGAAGUGAUGGAGGACCUGGUGAAGAACACAGAGUUUAACGAGCACGAGCUGAAGCAGUGGUACAAGGGUUUCCUGAAGGACUGCCCCACCGGCCGGCUCAACCUGGAGGAGUUCCAGCAGCUCUACGUCAAGUUCUUCCCUUACGGCGACGCGUCCAAGUUCGCCCAGCACGCCUUCAGGACCUUCGACAAGAACGGCGACGGCACCAUCGACUUCAGAGAGUUCAUCUGCGCGCUGUCCAUCACAUCACGAGGCAGCUUCGAGCAGAAGCUCAACUGGGCCUUCAACAUGUACGACCUGGACGGAGACGGCAAGAUCACGCGGGUGGAGAUGCUGGAGAUCAUCGAGGCGAUCUACAAGAUGGUGGGCACUGUGAUCAUGAUGAAAAUGAACGAGGACGGCCUGACGCCCGAGCAGCGGGUGGACAAGAUCUUCUCCAAGAUGGAUAAGAACAACGACGACCAGAUCUCGCUGGAGGAGUUCAAAGAGGCGGCCAAGAGCGACCCGUCCAUCGUAUUACUGCUGCAGUGCGACCUCCAGAAAUAGGCCGGAGGGCGAGCGCAGCGCUCCACCAGCCGCCACGGACUGCACAGAAAGAAUUCCAUGUUCCAUUCAGUUUGCAGCUAUUUCCACUGAAAAAAAUAAUAAUAAUAUAUGCUUGGACUACCUUUCAAUGGAUCUGCUUCUUGUGUUUGAAACACUCGUGUGCAUGAGAAUGUUAUUUGCUAUAAAAAGAUCUACACACAAACAUGUAACAGCGUGCGGGUGCGAGGGCGCGGGUGCACACUCGCGCCGCAAACACACAAACACACUCACAGGACAUACACACACUACAUACGAACACCUCGCACAAAUAAUAUAUAUAUAGAUAUAUAUAUAUAAAUAUGAAUAUAUAUUUAAAUUAUUCAAAGAUCAACUGCCAAAAUGUGAAGUGUGCAAAAUAUUUUCCAUACAGUUUCAUUCUACUGGAGCUUGGGCAUCAGUGAUGUGCCGCGUUGAAUUUGCCGCUACUCUAUUUAUCGUUGCGCGUUUACUGACGCUAGCUGUAUGUGUUUCAUAAUACUGAGUAAUGUCGACUGAACCAAAUUCCUAUGAUAAUGUAUCUGCCUCCAAUAAGACACUCUAUCCAUCGUCUCCAAUAUUAGCUCUAGAGGAGAUGGAUUAACGUUUGUCCAACUUUUCCUUCCAAAACAUGCUUGUACUGUCAGUAAAGAAAAUGUAAGCGUAGUUAAUUUGCAUGCCUUUAGGUUCUGCCUUAACAAUCUCCUCAUUUUGCAUCCUGUGAUUGCAGACAGAAAGCCUUAUCGGAGCAGUGAUACUCGGGAGAAACCGCGAGAAAAGGUUUUUGCCGGGUUGGGAGUAAAAAAAAUCACGUUGCAGUAGGUCCCUCUACAAGUAUCGUCGUAUGGGAUGUAAUUUUUGUGACCUGUCGAGAAGUUUUCUUUUGACUGCUUUAACUGUGGGAGCAUGUUUCCUCGUAGAUUAGACGUAGUAUAUGUUGCUAAGAACUAAAUCCCUGCCCCUGCGCGUUUAAACACACUAUCCCAUGACAAGUGAGCAGAUGAUGAAUGUGGAGGAAUCCAUCAUUUUGAACCAGGACGUAAAAAGAGACAAACUGAUUUGAAGCAAACGGAGGCAACAGAGAUCAAGCAUUUACAUCCGGAUUCCCUGGAGGACGAGUGACGCCGCCCUUAGCUGGAGUCACACUAGAUUAGAAGGAAGAACUAAGUAUUCAUCUAUAGGUGGAGAGCAUUGUUAUCAAACUUAGUUACGUGCCACCAUCACAUCCACUAGUUUCCAAUUAGCCUGCGGGUUGCAUAUCAAUAUGUUGAAUUUAGAGGGGUUUUUUUAGACUCUUUGAGCAUUGGAGGGGAGAAGAGAUGAGGUCUGUGCAGCAUUUGAAGCUUUUCGUUUGUGUUUUUCAGUGGAAGUAAAUGAGUGCUACGUGGUGAGAGGAGCAGUGAAUGGCGUUUCAUUAUACACUGUAACUAGUAGAGGACAGCCCUUACUGUUAAGCCAUGUUUUUAGUAGGUUGGACAAUUUGCCCUCCCUGACCCUCGAACUAUUUCUCUCUUACCAAUCAGUCAAUCUUUUUGUACUUUUUUACUCCCCUCUCUCACACAUUGUACACGUACUGAUGCAUACUAAAUGUAGAGAAGUUCAGUGUGACACCUCUUACAAACGAUUCGGAAAUAAGACGUAAAUAGGUUUACCUGGCCCGGUCUGAAAGCACCGCAGACCCUUUCCAACCUGCAUUAACGCGAGCAAGGAGGUCAAAGGAGAUGAGAUAUGUCACAACACGCAGUGCUGCAAUAAAGAUCCAGCGCACCAGUCCAUCGUCAUCUCUCAGCAGUGUGGCUUGUUUCUAAUCUGAACUUCUUUACAUGAACAUCUUUGGCCAGACAAUGUUUCUAAUUCCAACUCCGUUGUUACUAUUAUUGCUAUCAGGAUACCAAAUGUAAGCAAAGGCAAACGUGUACAAGGAUUCUUUUGUAGCAUGUAUUGUGUCCCUGACGA